UUUUGAUUUAUUUAUUUGUUAUUUGUUAUAUAAAUAGCGUUUAAAAUCUCGUCUCUCUCAUCUGAAUUUUGAAUCCGGAUCUAGCGCCUUCGAUUUCACCUCUUCAACCCCUUCCAAACCCUAUCUCUUCUCCGUUUCUUUCUUCUUCACUCUUUUCUCUGUUCAUUCCAAUUUCAACACACAAUGAGGAAAGGUGCUAAGAGAAAAACCAAACACACCGAAGAAGAUCCAAAACCUCAUUCCGAACCUGCUCCACCUACCGCCACUGCUUCGUCUCAACAAAACGAUAACCAAAUUACCAAACCUAAACCUAAACGUCAAAAAACCGUAAAACCCCAAUCCGAACCUGAAUACUUUGAAGAUAAGCGUAAUUUGGAAGAUUUAUGGAUUGAAACAUUCCCUGUUGGAACUGAGUGGGACCAAUUGGAUGCUGUGUAUCAAAUCAAGUGGAAUUUCUCGAACCUUGAAAAUGCAUUUGAAGAGGGCGGUUUGUUGUACGAGAAGAAGGUUUAUCUCUUUGGUUGCACUGAGCCUCAACUGGUUUCAUAUCAAGGGCAAAACAAAGUUGUCUGCAUACCUGUUGUUGUAGCUGUUGUAUCACCUUUUCCACCAUCUGAUAAAAUUGGGAUCAACUCAGUUCAGAGAGAGGCUGAAGAGAUAAUCCCCAUGAAGCAAAUGAAAAUGGACUGGGUUCCAUACAUUCCUCUGGAGGACCGAGAUAGCCAAGUUGAUAGACUAAAGUCUCAAAUCUUCAUCUUGCGUUGCACCCAAAGAAGGUCUGCUCUAAAACACCUGAAGUUGGAUAGAUUAAAGAAAUAUGAGUACUGCUUGCCUUAUUUCUAUCAGCCAUUCAAGGAAGAUGAAUUUGAACAGAGCACUGAGGUUCCAAUAAUAUAUCCAGUUGAGCCAAAGCCGGUCUUCUGUGAAUUUGAUUGGGAAUUAGAUGAACUUGAGGAAUUUACUGAUAAGCUUAUUGAGGCGGAAGAGUUAGCAGCAGACCAAAAGGACGCCUUCAAGGAAUUUGUCAGGGAAAGGGUUCGGGAAGCAAAGAGAGCCAAUAGAGAGGCAAGGGAAGCACGGAAACAAGCCAUUAAAGAUAUGAGUCCGGAGACUAAAGCUGCAUUUGAUACUAUGAGAUUCUAUAAGUUCUACCCUGUUCCAUCUCCAGAUGCACCUGAUGUGUCAAAUGUUAAGUCUCCGUUCAUAAACAGGUAUUAUGGAAAGGCUCAUGAGGUUCUGUGAUUGGCUCCACAUCAAUGGCAAUUUUCUUGGCCUGCUUUGCUUUGCCAGUAUUUUAUUCUAUAUGAAGUUUAGGUGACCUCUUGGCGGCUCUGCCAAAUUUUCUUUACCGAUGUAAUAGUCUAAAGGAUCAUACAAUGUAAAGUUGUAGCUCAGAAAUCCUAGAAAAGUGAACUAGGUGGUGAGGGUAAUUGAGACAAUGUUUAUGACUUCCAUUUUGUAGAGAAUUUCUGAGCACAGCUUGAGCUGCAAUUCGAAUUGCUCUUAGCUCUGUCUUGGUUUUCUCUUAAAGAGUAUUAUUUUUUCCUUCAAAUUAAAUGUAUGACAGUUUUGAUUUAGGUCUAUGAUAAAAUAAAUUUUAGUUUCUUUUUA